GCCCUGGGGACCCCCCUGAGUCGGGGUCCGCUGGGCCGACCAACCGGCCGGAGCCCACCCGCCGUCGCCAUGGCGUGCAGUUUGCAGAAGCUGUUUGCUGUGGAAGAGGAGUUUGAAGAUGAGGAUUUCUUAUCUGCUGUGGAAGAUGCAGAGAACCAGUUUGCUGGCUCACCGCCUGUGAAUGCUGGGUGCCUGAGACCUGUCUCUUCUAGGCCACAGGAAACGGGGCAGGCACAGUCCCCCAGGCCACUGCCAUUACACCGCACUGCUCCUUCAGAGGCUUUGGGCCAGCCAGGCCUGGGUCUCUCCCUCCCUGUGUCCAGCAUGCCCUGGGCCGCCAGCCAUCCAGUUUGCACAGGAACAGCUCCCCUUCCCACUUCCAGCAGCUUGACUGGCAUUCAGAGAGGAGUGACACUAUCAGAAGCACUCAGAGAGCCAGCAAGACCCCAGUCCUCAGCCCCACAACCCCUACUUAUUUUUGAGAGCCAACAACAGUGGGUUGGUGGCUUCGAGGGGCCUGAACAAGACGAGUUUGAUAAGGUCCUGGCAAGCAUGGAGCUGGAGGGGCCAGACAUGGAGCUGGAACUUGGAGUUAGCAGUGAGGCCAUCCGAAUCCUGCCUGCCCAGCAGCGGGAGGAUCCAGUAUUGGCUAAAAAGGCGCAGGUAGUUGAUCUGAGUGGAUCAUGCUGGAAGGUGCCCAUGCCUGCCACCCACGUAGCAGGUAUUAUGUCAGCCCAGGAUAAGCCUCUAGAUCCUGCUGUCCACUGUAGGACUCCACAGCUCUGCUUGAGACCUGGUGCUAUGAGUAACCUUCCUGUCCCAACUGCCUCAACCAUUCCCACUCAGCAACCCCACUGGGAAAGGUGUCCGCAAGGUGCCCCUGUACGAGCACCCCAGCCUCUCCAAGUUGCUGGAGGGCCUGUUCAGAGCAGCCCUCAAAAUCAAUUACCCAGUCGGGGAUUUCAUUCUCCAAGUGCCUGGUCGAAUGGCAAACCUCAUUUUCCGAGACCUCGGACUCCCGACUCAGGCUGUUCUACUCCCUCGAGGACUAGCUCCAGAUUACUUCCUCAGGGGCACUUACAACUCCGAACUCCAGUGUCUUCUGUUGAGUCUCCUGUCAGCACCCCAAAAGGUCCCCAGGGAGCUCUGCAGACACCCAUAGUCACGAACCACCUGGUGCAGCUGGUCACUGCUGCCAACAGGACACCCCAGCAGCCCACCCAUCCCUCCACCCGAGCCAAAACACGCCGCUUCCCUGGCCCAGCAGGGCUCCUGCCCCACCAGCACAGUGGGAAAAAUCUGGAGGAGAUCAUGGUUUCCACACCCCAGGCUCCGACUCAUGGUGCUCUGGCUAAAUUCCGGAAAGAGAUUGUUGGUAGUUCCCAGGCAUCGGUGGAGGAGGAUUUUGGGCGAGGGCCAUGGCUGGCCAUGAAAUCUGCUUUGGGCCUGGAUGAGAGAGACCCCGCCUGUUUCCUCUGUACCUAUAGCAUUGUCAUGGUGCUGCGGAAGGCAGCCCUGAAGCAGCUUCCUAGAAACAAGGUCCCCAACAUGGCAGUGAUGAUCAAGUCCUUGACUCGGAGCACAAUGGACGCCAGCGUGGUUUUCAAGGACCCCACAGGAGAGAUGCAGGGGACGCUACACAGGUUGCUGCUGGAAACACGCCAGAAUGAGCUGAAGCCUGGCUCGGUGCUGCUGCUAAAGCAGAUUGGAGUGUUUUCUCCUUCGCUCCGAAAUCACUACCUCAACGUGACACCCAACAACCUGGUCCACAUUUACAGCCCAGAUUCUGGGGAUGGGAACUUCAAGCCGUCUCAGCCCUUCCCCAAGGAUUCCAGAAGCUUCCAUGACAGCCUCCAGCAUGAUGUGGCUGCAAAGCCUGGGGAAGGCCACAGAACUGCACAGAAGCCAGAGGCAGGGGAAGAACCCCCAGAAGCAGAUGACCUGGACGGACUCCUGAGUGAGCUCCCUGAGGACUUCUUCUGUGGGACCAACAGUUGGCACUGCCCCAAGGCAGGGCACCCACCGUGAGCAGGCAGCCUCUGGGUGUGCCUGGUCACGUC